AAUUUUAAUCAAGUGUUGCGUGGUGUUGCGAUUGAAAACCAAGGAUCGUACUUAGGUUAUGAUUUUAACGAUGUAUACCGCGUAAAUAUAUAACAAACAUUUUAUUUACGAAAAUGUCGAUGAUACUUAGAAACUUUAUCACAAAAUUACAAAUAUAUUCGCAUCAAGCGGUUAGAUUCUGUACAGCUGUCGCGAACGAACAAACUAGUCAAGCCAUUACUCCGAUCAUCUCCAAGAGAAGCUACGAAGAUGAAAAUUUCUUUUUUCAAAAACCACGGCAAGUAUGGUUAGAGAAUUUAGAUACAGUUGAAAGAAACAAAUUGGGACUCGUGUUUCUGCAUCCCGACGUUUAUGGAGCUUCGCCACGCGUAGAUAUUAUUCAUCAGAAUGUCGUGUGGCAAAGAAAUUAUCGUUUCGUGUGCUAUGCACAUACAAAAACUCGUGCAGAAGUAAGGGGAGGUGGUAGGAAACCUUGGCCUCAGAAGGGAACGGGUCGUGCACGUCAUGGAAGUAUACGUUCGCCGUUAUGGAAAGGCGGUGGUGUUGUCCAUGGUCCUCGAAGUCCUACCCCACAUUUUUAUAUGCUUCCCUACUAUACCCGUGUUGCGGGUCUCACAGCUACAUUAUCCGUGAAACUUGCUCAGGAUGACUUAUAUAUCGUUAAAGAUUUAGAAAUUCCAUCAGAUGAACCUUCUUAUGUGAAUGAUUUAAUUGAAGGUAGAAAUUGGGGUCCAUCUGUACUUUUUGUUGAUACCGAAGAUAUUAUGCCUCCAAAUAUAUCGGUAGCCACUGAUACAAUUAAACAUGUUAAUUUGAUGCCUGUGUAUGGGCUAAAUGUGUACAGUAUGUUAAAACACAAUACAUUAGUACUGACUGAAAGAGCUGCACGUUUAAUCGAAGACAAAAUACUGUAUCAAUUGCACAGGCCAGAUUAUAGGAAACUUUCUAAGAAGUUCAAAAUAAGUCAGCAAUAAAAAUAAAAGAAGGAAUUAUACAAAUAUCUAAUGUUUGUCAAUUUAUAUUUAUUUUUAACAGUAAACAGUUUUCUUUCUUAUGGUAGUUAGAAAAA